GUUCUCCAUGGAUUGCGAAUGGAUGCAGUGAGAAAAUCGAAAUCUCGGGCAUGAAUGGCCCUUGCGGAUCGAUGCGAGCAGAUCCACGCCCUGCUAUCCGCGUUGAAAUCAUGCCACAAGUCGCGCAAUCUCGAGAAAGGCCAGAGGCUUCACAGUGAUGCGAUCCAAGACGGGGAUGAAUCGAACCAGUAUUUUGGCAACGGUCUUCUCAGCAUGUAUGGAAAAUGCGGUUCCAUGGUGGACGCCCAACAGGUUUUUGAUGCAAUGCCUUCUCGAGAUGUGGUCUCAUGGAACGCUUUGAUCGCAGGCUAUGCCGAGAAUGGGGAUGAAAGGCUGGGACUGGAAGUUUUUUCCUCCAUGCAACGAGAGGGAUACAAGCCAGAUGCUCGAAGCUUUGUUGCUGUGCUCAAGGCCUUGGCGAGCUUGGCAGCCGCGGAAGAAGGGCGAGAGAUAGAAGGCAAGCUCGUCAAAGAGGAGUGUCUCAAGCAAGGGAGAAUUCUUCACUCGCAAGCUCGAAUAAGUGGCUACGAAUCCAACGUUUUCCUUGCCAACACUCUGGUGGAUAUGUACGCGAAGUGUGGAAGCCUGGUGGAUGCCCGGCGAGCUUUUGCUAGCAUGCCUCGCCGGAGCGUUGUCUCUUGGAACGCGAUGCUGCUGGGCUGUGCGGACAAUGGCGAGGCCGAGGAGGGGAUGAGGCUGUUCGAAAGCAUGCAAAUCGGUGGAAGCUGCGAACCGGAUGCGAGAACUUUUGUGGCCGCGCUGAAGAACUGCUCGAUCCAGUCGGUGAAGGAAGAAGCCCGGCUGGUUGACGGGAUGUUGCUGAAGCUGGAGAGCUUGAAACGAGGGAUGGCUAUUCACGCGGAAGCGGCGAGAAGGAAGCAUGACUUAGACGGAUACGUGACGAGCAGCUUGGUGGAUAUGUAUGCCAAGUGUGGGAGCUUGGGUGACGCGAGGAAAGUUUUCGAAGGCAUGCCGUACAGAAGCGUGGUAGCGUGGAACGCAUUGCUGCUAGGCUGCGUUGAGAACAGGGAAGCGGAGAUGGCCUUGGAGCUGUUUUCUUCCAUGCAAAGUCCGGAUGCUCUCAGUUUUGUUGCUGCUCUGAAAGCAUGCAUUCUCCUGGCUACUACUGAUGGAGACGCUGGCCGGGUUUCUCUCGAACGAGGCAUGGCUAUCCAUACUCGAGCUGCAAAGUUGGGCUACGACUCCGAGACCAAUGUGUUAGGUACGUUGGCCGACUUGUAUUCCAAGUGUGGAAGUUUCACAGAUGCGAUGAGGGUGUUUCACAGGAGUUCUCGUCGGCAUCGAGUGCUGUGGAACACGCUGAUACUUAGUUAUGUGGACAGCGGCGAACCAGAGCUGGCUCUCGAGAUUUUCCUUCGCUUGCGAGCCAACGACCCUGAGAGGUGUGCUCCGGACGCUCGAACGUUCGCAGCGGCGCUCAAGGCGUGUGGCAGUGUUGUCUCUAUGGAGAUCUCUGCGGUGAUCCACGCUGAUAUUCUUCGACGGGGCCUUGAGAAGGACGGAGUUCUGGUCACUUGUUUGGUGGACGCUUGCUGCCGAUGCGGAAGAAUGGUCGCUGCUCAGCACGUAGUUGAUGCUCUGGUCUCGGAGGACUUGAUAGCCUGGAACGCGCUGCUAACGGGAUACAGUCGUCAUGGAGACCAUGAAAGGGUCUUGGAACUGUUCGAGAGAAUGCGGGGUGAAGGCUUGGAACCGGACUCCAUCACUUUUAUGGCCGUUCUCAGCGCGUGUGGUCACUGCGGCCUGGUCGAGAGAGGCAAGAGGUUCUUCAAGGCAAUGGUUUCAAACUUUAGGAUUCAGGCCGAGAUAGAGCACUACCACUGCAUGGUGGAUAUCUUUGGUCGUGCCAAUCGGCUGGGUGAUGCUUUGGAGACCGUGAGAAGCAUGCCAUUCAGACCGACUGCUGUGACAUGGACGAUUGUUCUCGGGGCUUGUCGCAAGUGGAAGGAUGUGGUGGUCGGACGGCUCGCGUUUGAAUCACUGCUAGCUAUGAAUGAAGCGGACACGGCAGCGUAUAUGUUGAUGGGAAACAUUUAUGCGAGCAGAAAUAUGUGGACCGAGAAAGCGGAGAACGUCCAACACAAGUUUCUAAAAGGUACGUUUAUGGGAUAGAGUAGAGAAGAAAAAGGAACUUUGUGAUCUUACCUCUAACUUAUUCUUUUCUCGCAGUUUGAUCACCUUUAAUUCCCUUUUCCUAAAAACGAAGAUCAUCUGAAGUUACUUU